AUGAGCCGAGCUGGCCGCCGGCGCAGCCGGGCCGGGGCAGUGGCCGCCGUGCAGCUGUGGGUGACCCUCAGCUGCCUGAGCACCGUCGCUGAGGCCCAGCUCUCUGGAGUCCUCGAUGAUUGCUUGUGUGAUAUAGAAAGCAUUGAUAGCUUCAACACCUAUAAGAUCUUUCCUAAAAUACAGAAAUUGCUAGAACGGGACUACUUUCGUUAUUAUAAGGUUAAUUUGAUGAGACCAUGCCCUUUCUGGGCAGAAGAUGGCCAAUGUUCUAUAAAAGACUGUCAUGUGGAACCCUGCCCAGAGAGCAAAGUUCCAAUGGGAAUUAAAGCUGGGAGUUCUAAUAAGUAUUCAAAAGCAGCAAAUACCACCAAAGAAAUAGAAGACUGUGAACAAGCUAAUAAGCUGGGAGCAGUUAACAGCACAUUAAGUAUUCAAAGUAAAGAAGCUUUCAUUGAUUGGGCAAGAUACGAUGAUUCACAGGACCACUUUUGUGAACUUGAUGACGAGAGAUCUCCAGCCGCCCAGUAUGUGGACCUAUUGCUAAACCCAGAGCGUUACACGGGAUACAAAGGGCCGUCUGCGUGGAGAGUGUGGAAUAGCAUCUAUGAAGAAAAUUGUUUCAAGCCUCGAUCUGUGUAUCGUCCUUUGAAUCCACUGGCACCCAGCUGGGGAAAGGAUGAUGGAGAAUCAUUCUACAAAUGGCUAGAAGGUUUGUGUCUGGAGAAAAGAGUAUUCUAUAAACUAAUUUCUGGGCUUCAUGCUAGCAUCAACUUACAUCUGUCUGCAAAAUAUCUUUUGGAAGAAACUUGGGGAAAACCUAGUUGGGGACCCAACAUCAAAGAGUUUAAGCGCCGCUUUGACCCUGUGGAGACCAAAGGGGAAGGGCCUAGAAGGUUAAAGAACCUCUACUUUUUGUACUUGAUUGAACUCCGAGCUCUAUCAAAGGUUGCCCCGUACUUUGAGCGUUCAAUUGUUGACCUUUACACUGGAAACGCAGAAGAAGAUGCUGAGACAAAAACCCUUUUGUUGGAGAUCUUUCGAGAUACAAAGUCCUUCCCUAUGCAUUUUGAUGAGAAAUCCAUGUUUGCAGGAAACCAAAAGGAGGCUAAAUCAUUGAAGGAGGAACUGCGGUUGCAUUUCAAGAACAUAUCACGUAUAAUGGACUGUGUUGGAUGUGACAAAUGCAGGUUAUGGGGAAAACUACAGACUCAGGGUUUAGGAACUGCUUUGAAGAUACUGUUUUCUGAAAAAGAAAUUCAAAAUCUUCCAGAGAAUAGCCCAUCUAAAGGUUUUCAACUCACUCGUGAAGAAAUAGUUGCUCUUUUAAAUGCAUUUGGAAGACUCUCCACAAGUGUAAUAGAGUUGCAGAAUUUUAAAGUUUUAUUGAAACACAGUAGAUAAUAAAGACUUUCACACACUUGUUAAAGGUAACCAUAAAAUAAUUGUGUAAAGACUUUUGGUCUUGGACAUUCAGCAAAAUGAGACUGAUCUUCCUGACCUUCAAGAAUUUGAACUCUUGAAGGAAACAUUCAGACACCAACUUGAAUAUUUAUGAUCCUUAAAAUAGGAAAUUAUCAAUUAGAGCUAUUUAUAAAUGAAGUAUAGUUUUGGAACAUGUAAAUUAUAUUGAUUCUCUGUUUAAUUUCAUGUAUUUUUUCAUCUAUUGAAUGUUUCUAGUGUGCCACCUUUUAUUUAGAGUUUAUUUUUCUCAUUUUGUUGUCCUGUUAUUCCCAGGCAGUAGUCUAAUCUUAAAUUAUGUAACCAUCUAAUAGCAUUGUUAUAAUCCCGUAUGUUGGGAAAAAGAACUAGGGAACAAAUAUUGUACUUAGUAAAGAAAAAUGCUGAUACUGUGAUAAGUUUUUCCAUGUCUUUUCCCCAUACUUUUGCUUUAUACUUGUGCCUAGCUUUGUGUGAAUUCAUUUGUUUCUCCUGCAGAAUUAUAAACGUAACAGUCUUUCAAAUGUGUAAUUCAAGGAAUUUCUUAAGUGUAUUCAAGAUCCUCCUAUUUGCUUUUUCUCUUCAUUGAUAUAAGGGAACUUCCUCUGGCAGAGUUGGACAGAUGCUUUCUCUCUGAUUCCCAACCAUUUCUAUGUCUGUUCAGUUGGUCCAAGAAUUUUCUUAUUCUUAGAACCUAAACAUUAUCUUAAAAAAGAAAAAGUGCCCAACUUGUGACCAAGACACCAAUGUAUACAUUUCCCUUUCCUUAAAGAAAAAAAGAUAGUGCAUAUCCUUCAUUAGAGUAGUAAAUAUAAAUCUAGCAGGUAACUUUUUGAAGCAGAUUCUGUUGGGAUUAUGUAAAUCUACAGUAUUGUUUUCAGAUGUUACAGGCCAAAAAUUUGUUUUAAAUAGAAAAAGAAAAACCAUUUUAAAAAACUUUAUUUUUCAAAAAAAUUAUCUAUGCAAUCCCCUAACUACUCUCAGCCUAACUUUCUUAGGUAGAUUAUUUAAACAUGCUAAUAAGAAUAUAUAAAUUCACUGUAUAUAUGUGAUACUUUGUGUGGUCAACUUGGACAUUAUGCUACCACACCACUCAGAAGUAAAGAACUUUCAUUUUUUAAAUCCAGAAUUAAAGUACCCUUGCCCAGGAUUAGCUAUUUGAUAAUUUUUAAAACUUUGGUAGUUGUAAUGUUGGUGUUCAAUGUGGAAGUUUGUAUAUGUGUGGUAGUAACGUGGGUAAGAGUCCUAAAGUUUUUGUUUAUUAGACCUUCAAUUUUUUACCGAGUAAAUAACAAGUGCCCUUAAGCCCAUACUUUAGCCUGCCAAAGUCUGAAAUGUGUUUAAUAAUGAUAUAGUGGAACUAAUUGUUUAAAUUUUGCUCCACCAUUGUACCCUUAUACAUGAGGGGUGAAAUUGUACCAGACUCGUUUCUUUUCCAAACCCAAUUUCUAAUUUUUAUAGAAUCCCUUGACAACUGACAGUGGUAUUUAAUUUUAUUAUAAAUGGGUGGAUUUGAUUGCAGCCAUUUCUUUUAGUACUGAAAAUAUUGCAUAUGGAAAGAAAACUUAAGGCAAGCUUCUUUAAAAACUGAAUUAAUAAUUUUGUUGACGUAAGUAUGCCAGAUAAUCAACAUCAGUUCUCUGUAAGCUACUGCUCAAAGCCUAAUUUAACCUGAUACCACAUUUUUAUUGUGGUACAGUAAUCUUUAAGAUCAGUUUCUUUUUUAGGAAUGUUACUUCACUCUUAACUGGGGGUGAAUCCUUACUUAUUACGAGCAAUUACCCUUCUUAAUUCCUGUGGUUUGUUUCAAUAUUUUAAAAAGAGACAGGUAUAUAUGUUAGAGUUUUUGGAAAUGAAAGCGUUUACACCUUCUAGUUGUAGAAAAUUAUUUUCUAAAUCUUACUCAUUAGCAGAAGAAUACAUGAAACAUAGUAGUUUGUCAUUGGAAAAUAAUAUGGUGACAGCGUUCACUUGACCAUGUUUAUUUUUAGGAGACUGUAUUACUGGUAUAUGCUGCCUGUGAGAAUCUUUAUUCUGUGAACCUAAUGGCAUAGUGUUUUUUUUCAACUCACAUGUCAGGCAAUUGUCUAAUUCCUUUUGUUGCUUAGUUCUAUAAUUAACAGCACUGUUGAUUAUAUACCAUUUUCAGAAGCAUAUGCUUGCCUAAGUUCAGCCUUUUAUUUCAUAACAAUAAAAAACACUGCCCUGAUGGUAUAACUGACAGAAAUGAUUGUACCAGUUGAUAAAGUAAUAAAAAUGUGAAAGGAAGGGAAAAUAGGCCUCUUCCCUUGACUUGAGUUUGUUACUUUUUUGAGUGGCGUCUAUGUCAACAUUACUGUCUAUUUUAGAUUUGGGGAUCCUCGACCAUUUUUUGAGGUGAAUUAAAUAAAAUAGUAAAAAUCUUACGCAGUUUAGAAACUCGAUAAAUCAAAACAUUUUAUUUUGGCAUUUAGCAUUGUGAUUUAUCUAAUAGUCAUGUAUGAUUGCUGGGCAUAUAUGAAAUAUUGUGCCAUAUUUUUAAACUUUGGAUAUAAUUUUGAGUAUGAAAAAAAGUCUUUAUUAAAUUUCAUCACCAACACUUGAGUCUAUGUGAAAAUUUAGGAGAUUCACAAUAAACCUCGUAGAAGUACCUAAAUUUGCACUUGUGUGUAUGAUAAAUCACAAAACUUGUACAAUUCUGCCAUGAGUAUACAACACCUUUGAUUUUGAACGUGAUACUGUAUUGUUUGCUGUUGUUUCCACUUGAUUCUGUAAAAUUUGAAUUAAAGUAAAUGUUUCUGCAGUGUU